AUGCGCUGCCCCAAGUGCCUUCUCUGCCUGUCAGCGCUGCUCACGCUCCUGGGCCUCAAGGUGUACAUCGAGUGGAUCUCCGAGCCAAGGCUCCGCAAGGCCUACCCUAGCCCCCGCAGCACCCCGCUGCAGGCCACGCCCGAGAGCUGGGAGCCCACGCUGCCCGCCAACCUCUCAGCCCGUCUGGGCCAGACCAGACCACUGCCCUCGGCUUACUGGAAUCAGCAGCAGUGGCGGCUGGGGACCCUGCCUGGUGGCGGGGACAGCACGGAGGCGGGGGGCUGCCGGGCGUGGGGGGCCGCGGCCGCCACUGAGAUCCCAGACUUCGCCUCCUACCCGGAGGCCCUUCGAAGCUUCCUGCUCACCGCUGCCUGCCGCCACUUCCCGCAGUGGCUUCCUGCAGGGGGCGGUGGCCAGGUGGCCAGCUGCUCAGACACCGGAGUCCCCUACCUGCUGCUGGCUGUGAAGUCGGACCCCGGGCACUUCGCAGAACGGCAGGCUGUGAGGGAGACGUGGGGCCGUCCAGCCCCUGGGGUUCGGCUGCUCUUCCUGCUGGGUUCCCCGGUGGGGCGGGGGGGCCCCCACCUGGACUCCCUGGUGGGCUGGGAGAGCCGCCGCUACAGUGACCUGCUCCUCUGGGACUUUUUCGAUGUCCCCUUCAACCAGACACUCAAGGACCUGCUGCUGCUGGCCUGGCUGGGUCAUCACUGCCCCGACGUGACCUUUGUCCUGCACGCUCAGGACAAUGCCUUUGUGCACACCCCUGCUCUACUGGGACACCUGCGGGGACUGCCCUCAACCUGGGCCCAAGUCCUCUACCUAGGGGAGGUCUUCACCCAGGCCAAGCCUCUCCGGAAGCCUGGCGGACCCUUCUUCGUGCCUGGGUCCUUCUUCGAAGGCGACUACCCGGCUUAUGCCAGCGGGGGUGGCUAUGUCAUCGCCGGGCGCCUGGCCCCCUGGCUGCUGCAGGCGGCGGCCCGUGUGGCCCCCUUCCCCUUUGAUGACGUCUAUACUGGCCUGUGCUUCCGGGCCCUGGGCCUGGUGCCUCGUGCCCACCCGGGCUUCCACACCGCCUGGCCAGCAGGCCACAGCCCUGAGCCCUGCGUGCUGCGUGACCUGCUGCUGGUGCGGCCGCUCAGCCCCCAGGACAGCAUCCGCCUCUGGAAACGUCUGCAAGAUCCACAGCUCCAGUGCUGAGCCUGGGCCCUGGUAGCAGGGUGGCCACUGCGCUGGGGACUAGGGGACAGUGGGAGUGGAGAGUUGAGAGGGGCAGACUGGUUUUGUCUACUUUUUGUUUUUUAAAG